UGUAGUACCAUUUACCAUUGUACCACCGUUGGCAAGGAUUAACAAAAUGUUCAAAUAUCUCAUCUUCUUCGUCGCCAUCGGGCUCAGUGCGGCUGCCAUCCAACGUGGUCCAUUCUUCGGUCAAAAUAGCGGUGGUCGCGGGGCUAGCAAGAGCAUCAGCAGCUCGCGUGCCUCCGGUGAUGAAGCGCACGCCGAGGUGAAGGCAAUGCAUUCCGAGGUGCGUGCCGACGGCUUCGACUAUGCGCUGGAGACCAGCAAUGGCAUACAAUCUGCACGUUCGGGCGAUGCGAACGGCAAUAUACAUGGCGGUUUCCAGUGGACUUCUCCCGAAGGCGAGCAUGUGCAAAUCUCCUAUGUGGCCGAUGAGAAUGGCUAUCAGCCCAAGAGUGAUCUUCUGCCAACCCCACCACCAAUUCCAGAUGCAAUCCUCAGGGCACUCGAAUACAUACGCACUCACCCACCUAAAGAGGAACCUCAGCGUCCAUCGAGGCCGUCUUCUUCCUACACACCACCCAAAAAAUCGUCUGGUCGACCAAGAUACUAAAUGAAAGGUGGAAGAAAAGAAUUGCUCUAUGUUUGGCAAUUUAACGUGCACAGCACGAAACAGUGAAGUUAUUCACAUCUGUUUGUGUUCUUGUAUAUGUAUUAGUUUUGAUGAACUUAUUUUUUUGUAACGAAAAAUAAAUUUUUAUGAAA